UCUUUUAAAAAAUAGGCGCGAUAACGAAUGUGAACAGGUGCGCAGAUGCAACACGUACGGAACAGGUGACACGACCAAUGUGUCUCGUGACUCGACACCUCGGAAUCUCACGGUUUCGACAAGCUGCGAUCGCUGGCUGAUAAGAAUUGCACACGGACAAGGUUUAAUCUCAAUGGAAUCGAAACAAUAACAGACCGCUUAACGACAAAAGUUAUUUAAUCAAGAACCUCUGCAUACUUGACGAUUCUCUUGUAAGUCAAUGUUCAAUUCAAGUUCUGAAUUUCGAUGCGAACGUUCACCGAUUCUGCGAGCCAACCUGGACACGUUACAACAAAACGAUGUACAACAAUCAAUCAGAGUUCAAUUGACAUUCUUAAUUAAUUAUUUCGUCCAAUAUUGUCGCUCAUCGUUGACGACACGUACCUAACCUCUACAAAUUUGACAAGUUCAAUGAAGGAUGGCAUUUCCUCCACUAGUUAGUUCUACACCUCCUCCGUUGGAUAGUUUUGGAGACUCCGAGGAAGACGAGUUUGGGGAUUUUACAACUGGGGGUAUAGAUGGAUUGUCUGCGUCGUCAGACUCACCACAGAAACUUGUCACACCAGUUCAAACGCCUUCAACGUCACAGAAUACUUCACCUAAAGUAAACGGUAUUCCAGAGACGCCUGAUAAUUCUGAAACAAAUGUUGCUCAAAGGCCAAUGGUUGCAGAAGACCUUUUAAUACUUGAGAAAAUCAAUGAUGAUGUGAAUAAUAUUAAAUUCAAGACGGAAGUGGAGACGUUGGAUGAAAUUAUAGGGAACGAUCCCAGAAAAGACUUGGAAAACAUAAACAAUAAUAAUAAGGAAGCCACUGUAGGGAAAGAAGUUUCUAAUGGGAUUAAUUUAAUUAAUAAAGGCAACAGCUUUGAAGGAGAAGAGUGGGGAGCUUCGCUCAAUCAUUUGGAAGAUAUAGAGCCAUUAAGUUUAGAUUUGGGUGAUCUGAUCACUGCUCCUGACACAACACAGUCAAUAGACGAUGAUUUUUACAAUUAUGAACAGUUCGAGGAUUCGCCAAAUUGGGUCUCUUAUAAUAGUAUAUCCACAGAUAUUUCAAAAGCAGAUUGUUUUAAAGUUAAAGAUUCUGGGCUCGCGUCGAAUGACACAAACAAGGAUUUAAACACUAAGAACGAAAAGGAUUCGAAUUUGGACUUGGAAGAUAUUAUUGUAAAGCCAAAAUUAGAGGAUAAGUCUGUAGAAAACGUAGAUGAGUCUAGCAAAAAAGAUAUCUUUUCAGACGAAGUUGAUGAUUUAAAGUUUGCAAGUGUUGAACAUUCAGUAUUUUGUAGUUCUAUUGAGAAAGAUAGAAGUACCAAUGACUCGAAGGAUGAGUUCUCUUUGAAAGUUCAAGAAGAAAACGAAGUUGCUGAAAAUCUUGAGUUUUCCAACAAUGAGGACGCUGAAAUCAAAGAUAAUUUUCUAUCCUCCGCGCCACUGCCAGAUAUUUCGAAGUGUUCGAAUGAGGAAUUCGGUGACUUCAAGUACGAUUCUACGUUAGAAACUUCGGUCGCCGUACCUCAGCUGGAAUUUCCUGAUUACUCAACGGAAACAGAUCAAAAGAAAAAAGAAAUGCUAGUUCAAGACGAUGAUUUCGGCGAUUUCACCAAUUUUUCCGAGCAUACGCAAUUCGACGAAACAAAUGUACCUGAUCAAAAAGACGAGGAUGACGAUUUUGGUGAUUUCAAUAAUUUUGAAACAGCAUUUGAGCAGCCUGCUGUAGAACAGCCACAAAGUAGCCUAAAAGAGUCAAUUUAUCGAAUAGAAAAUAAAAGCGCUGCUAACAAGAUAGAAGACAUAAUAACUACCAUGUUUUCAACGGACUGGGAGCAAUGUGAGAUUGAGAUACAGUCGUUGAUAAGUCAAGCGGACAAGGUCUGGCAGAGCAUUAAAAAUGUUGAAGAAACGAAUGCCCUGACAUAUCAAUGGGCAAACAGUUCCAGCAAUAAUGUCCUGCUAAAUUCUCUUGGUAUCGAUUCUCGUAAUAUUUUAUUCGGACCAAGAUGGAAUCCGAAUGUUCCAAGAUUUGCUGCAAAUCUUGGCUUUACUCCAUUGGAACCAAUCAAAGCCACAACUGAUUCUCAAACAGUUGCUGCAUCAAAUAGCAAAUCUCAAUCUUCAACUAAUUCAGAAGUGGUGGGUUAUCUGCUCUUCUACCUCUGGACUUUUUGUGUCCUUUCGAUCCUCUACUAACAUCCCACAACUCCACCAACUCUGAAUCCUAUCGCCGAUCAAGUAGCGCAAGGAAUUCCAUUAAUUAUCAUAUCUCAGAAGUGAAUGCGAACCGGGAACGAUGCAAUUCGGUGUCAAAAGUGAAGACGAUAGACUCUCUGGAGAACGACGUUGCGAAAUCACAGAACACGAAACGUUCACAGUCUUCGAAAAUAAUCGAACCUUUGCCUGCUCCACGCGCAACGGAAUGCAAGAGGAGAACUGACGUCGACUCGGGAUAUAAGCAGAAAAGCGCAAGUACUCAAAAAGGUAUUCCAAAGGAGAAACAAUGUCCGUUAAUGGAAAAACAGUUGCUAUCGGUUGAUAAACAGUGCAUGGCCGAAAGACAAUACGCGCCAAUUGAGAAACAGUUUUCGCUAAGUGACAAACGAUAUUUGCCAACAGAAAAACCAACAGCGGGAGACGUUUACCGCAGUAAGUCUGUGAAUAAAAGAUCUGGAUCCGAGCACGUGGUGAUAGACAGAUUUGGCCGGGUAAUGCCAAUACAGUCGGAAACAGCGAGGGUGCUGAACCGUUUGCCAGAUCUCUCCUUCCUUAGCGCUAGAACAUUGAUGCUAGAUCGGGAACAUAAGCAGCUCGCCUGUGAAAUGGGUGUUAUAAGUCGUAAGAUGCCUGGCUGAGUAACAUCGGUCUGAGCGUGAGUUUGAAAGGUCAGAAUAUUCGAUGGAUCUCACUCUGUCCCGCGGACAAAUUGAUGAGAAACGUAGAAACGAAGGAGAAAAGACAUUCCGUUAACCUUUCAAACCCGUGCUUGGGCCGACCUUUGAUCCUAACCUAUAUUUCCUCCUGAAGAAAUAAGAAAAAAAAAAAAAGAAAAAACACUGACUGAUAAAGUAUUCUGUACUCUUUAUUCAGAAAAAGAAAACAAGAUUCUGUGUGGGAUAUGUGAGAUGGUGGUGGAUGUCUACUUUCUGUUCAUAGGAAGGACAACAUUCCAUGAUACAGAUUUUCUAUCAUUUUUGCACGAUAAGAUGGCAAUAUAGAACAUUAUUACUUUGUUCACGAAAUGGAGUUGUGAUAUUUUAUCAUUUGAAGUAUGAUCACUUCCAGAUCUUCAGAUACUUCCAAAACGAGAACAUCACUUGUAGCAUGUGAUACUUAGUUUCCCUGUGUUAUUUCCUUUAAUUCAGAGCUUUCUCGCUUCUUUAUUUUCUACUCUCAGACGUGGACCAAUGUAUACUUUACAUAUAUAUAGUUGAGUAUAGUAUGAUAUGAUAUUUUUAAUCACGUUCUAAGCAGUAGCAAAAUCUAUGCUAACAUAUGGCGAAUAUCUUGUUAAAAACGAGAUUAUGAAUGUUGCAAUGGAUUAAUCAGUAAUUAAGCCAUUUACAUUCCUAUUUUCAUUUUUAACUUUGCUUUUUAAUUUAGCAACAGUUUGUUGAUAUAAUGUACGUUACUAAUUAUUUAUAUAUGACUUGCAAGAUUUCAAGCAGAAUGUACUUAAUCUUUUAUACAUACUGACUCUGUUCCGUGAACAGGUGUACAAGAGUAUGUAAGUGGUGCAGCCAGAUAUUAUUAUUAGAGGCAUACGACGUUGUCACAAAUUAGUUCCAUGAUUAAUCAAGGAAGGAAUUACUACUUUGAGAAAGAGUAUUGUUCAGUUUUGUGUUCAAUUAUGCCUCUUUAUAGGAUUUAUAUUUUAUGCGCGUAUUUUUAUUUUAUACAGCAUAUUAAAUAUAUAUGUAUUCUUUGUUUAUGUAAAAAGAAGAUAACGUGUAAUUGUAUAAUGAACGAGAAGUAACUAGACUGUUAACAACUUUCAUUUCAAUAAAUUUUGUGACCGCGCCACAGGUAGUCAAUGAUAUCGAGUAUUUAAUGUUCGAGUUAAGAUUUAGCACUUGUACUACGUUCAAAAGGAAUUAUCGUGAAUAUACUUGGCGUUCAAAAGUGACUUAACAAAUAAUAACAAUAAGAUAUCUUUUAGGUGACUAAGGUAAAAGUAUUUCCGAGAGAGUUGAUAGGAGAUGCUUGUGACUUUGACAUUUGAUAACUAUCAUUUUCCGUAGAUUGAAUGUUCUUGUUACAGUAUAAUGAUUUAAAGCCUAAUUAGAUAUUUUAUUGUUAGUAAAGAGAGGAUUUACUCUUGAGUGGAAGAUUUCAAAGCAAUUAAGGCGAUUAUGGAAAAUAAUACAGAUAUGUUACCUUUUUUGUUUGAAACCUUAUCCUCAAGAAAACUGUUCAAAACGUUAAACAAAUGAUAUAUUCUAAUUAUAUAAAUGUUAAAAUGUUGUUAAUUUUGAUCAAUUGUGUUUUAAUAUUGUGUUACGAAUGUUGUAAUUACUCUGUUAUAAAUAUUACUCUGUUAUAUUACUCUUCAUAUUAUCUAAUACAUUUAUUUUAUGUUCUAAAUGUGCACACAAUAAGUCUUCUUUUUGAUAUUAAUUAAUGCAGAAGAAUGGAAUAAUUUCUACAGUACUUUAUUAUUUUUGAAUAACGGCUUUUACAAUCAUUUAGUAUUGCACAAAAUCUUCUACACAAGAACAAUGUUCUCUUCAUACAGGAUGUAUCAGAGAAAAAGCCUGUGUCAUUGGAUUGGUACUAGUCUUAACAUUUACACACAGAAUAUGGAAAUAAUUUACUCUUAUUUUUACUGUGUCAAUAAAAACUAUUAUUUUUACUAGUUGUGUUGAAUCAAUAUCAAAUAUUUUACAUUACUGAUACAGAUGCAUUCACAUUGCCCAACUAUACUUAGGGAAAUGGGAA